AUGCAAGUGGAGUCGGGCGCGUGCGGGCCGUUCACGGUGGCGCAGUGGCAGGAGCUGGAGCAGCAGGCGCUCAUCUUCAAGUACCUCGUCGCGGGAGCCCCUGUUCCGCUGGAGCUCGUUUCCCGCGUGCGCUUGUCCAUGCCGCCGCUUCCAUUCGGGCUUCAGACUGCUUUAACAUUCCCCUUUUUUUUGCCAUUUCCCGUCCUGCCCUCGCUCCAUCAUGCCCACGCGCCCACGCGCUCGCGCGCACAGGUGGUGACGGAGCAGAAGUACUGCGAGCGCCACUUGCACCGCGGGCGCAACCGAGCGCGCAAGCUCAACGACAAGGCCACGCCCGGAACCUCCCUCGUGGCUGACGACGGGGAGACCACCCCCACAGCCACCACCGCGACCACUGCGACCAUGGGCACUGGUGCCGCGGAUGGAUGUCUCACGAGCGAUGGAGUGAGGGCUAUGGAGUCUGUGGAAGAUGGACGGGGCGCCAGCGCUGGUGGAAUGGGGAUUAGUGGUGGGGCUGGCGGGGUUGUCGAUAGGACAGGCAGUCCGUCGAGUGGCAAUAGCGGUGGAGAUGCUGUGGCUGCGGAGUGUGCAACAGGAAGGGAGAAUGAUGCGUGUGGACGGGGUGCGGGAGGGCGCGUGGGAGGGGGUGGUGGUGCUGAGAAGAGUGGGGCAACGGACGAGGGGAAUGGUGAGCCGUGUCAGGGGGUGGUAGCGGCGCCAGCCUCUGCUGCUGGUGCGGCUUCUGAGCCUGCAGGUGUCGUCUGUGUGCCUGCAGCUGUGGUGUGUGUGUCCACCACAGAUGUGAUUUCCCCAGUGCCUUUGCCCACAGGAGUGGUGUCUGUGGUGUCUACACCCACAGGGGCAGUGGCAGGCGGACACCCUCCUCCUCUUGCUCUCCCACCCCCUGCUCAUGCUUUGGAGGGCCGCGCUCAGCAGGUGCCACAGCAGCACCAGCAGGAGCAGCAGCAGCAAAGGUUGCCUGCUGGUUCCCCUCUGGCUGGGUCCCUGCCUGGAGUCGUUUCCGUGGUACAGCCAAGCCCAAAACUAACCCAAUCUGGAAGUUUCACGCAACCCAACACUCUCGCUUCUCCGCCUGCUGUCGUUGCUGCCAUUGCUGGUGCAUCGCCACAGCAACAGAAAUUGGGGAGCAUGCAGGGAUCCAUCAAGACUAGUGGUGCUGCUGCUACGCUCAUGAAAGGUGACAAGCCCAUAGGCGCUGCUCCAAUGGACGUGGAUGCUCAGAAGCAAGGGAGCCAGGUUGUUGCCAAUGGAGUGCUUGUUUCGCAGGCAAGAUCCGAUGCAGGUGCACGAAAGGAGGUGGAAGGGCCGACGGGUGUCAGUGGGAGCUGUAACGAGGAGGUUGUUAUUGUUGAUGGGAAGGACGCCUGCCGGUUGGUGCCUGGCGAGGGAGCGAAGAUGGGCCGACUGACUCAAAUGUGUUCCAGAGCAUCGCCAAAUGUGAAGAAGCGGCUGUCAGCGGAGAGAUGGGAGGCGUGUCAAGACGAGUUCGGCCGAGUGUGGGCCAUUGAUGCUGCGCUCAAGCACAUACAGCGUGGGGGCGUGGAACCCAGCAUCCGAGGCGAGGUGUGGCCGUUCCUCCUGGGGCUCUACUCGCCCAACAGCACCCAUGAGGAGCGGGACGCCAUGAGGGAAGCACGACGUGAUUUCUACGCGAGGUUGAAGCAGGAGUGCAACGAGGUGGACCCAGUGGUGGGCAGUGGCGUGGUGGUGGACUUCCCCCGCGUGCUCGAGGACGGCUCAGACGUCCCCCUCCCCUCCUACUAUAACGGACCCCACAUUGACGACCCUUCUUCCACACACGCCGCCUCUGCUGCUGCUGCUGGUCUAGAUUUGAAUGGAGGAGGGGAGGGAGGUGGAGCAGCAGGGAGGGGCGGUGGAGAGGGGCAGAGUGCGGUGCUUCUGACGGAGCGGGAGAGGCUGGUGGGGCGGGUGGGGGAGGAGCGGGUGCGCAAGUGGCGGCUGGGGCUGCAUCAGAUAGGAGUGGACGUGCAGAGGGCGGAUCGCACGCUCGUGUUCUAUGAGGAGGAGGGCAACCGGUCGCGCCUCAUGGAGGUGCUGGCGGUCUACUCGUGGUUCGACCCCGAUGUUGGGUACUGCCAAGGUGGGUGUCUGGGGCUCCUGGGGCGUGUGGGGCCUCUGGGGCGGCUGGGGCUGCACCAGAUAGGAGUGGACGUGCAGAGGGCGGAUCGCACGCUCGUGUUCUAUGAGGAGGAGGGAAAUCGUCAUCUCAUCUUCCCCUCAGCCGCAGAUGUCAUGUCCAUUGCAUCAACUCUCUCCCUCCCUCUCUCCUCCCUCCCUCCCGACCUCCCUCCCGGCCUCCCUCCCCACCAACCCAUCUCACCACGAGCAGGCAUGAGCGACCUCAUGUCGCCCUUCAUCGUCACAUUCCCCAACAACGCCGAUGCCUUCUGGUGCUUCGAACGCCUCCUGCGCCCCAUCGUAAGUCCAAGGAGAAUGAGGCGAGGAGGUUGGGUGGGGGGGGGGGGGAGAGAGGGAGGGGAGAGAGGGAGGGGAGAGCAGGAGGGGAGAGAGGGAUGGGAGGAAGGGAGGGGAGGGAGGGAGGGGAGGGAGGGAAGGAGCGACUUCAUGGGCACGUCAGCCAGCAUAGGCGUGCAGAAGGAAAUCGACAAUCUCAAGAAUAUCACCCGUGUGCUCGACCCCGAGCUCUUCGCUCAUUUAGACGAGAUAGGAGCGGGUUCCAUGUUCUUCACAGUGCGACCCAUCAUGGCCAUGUUCCGCCGGGAGCUCUCCUUUGCUGACUCCAUCUACUUCUGGGAG